UCUCCUGACGCCCUGGUGUGCACCCGAGGGGAUUUACACACAAAGAACGCUCCACCUUCCAAGGUCUGGGCCACAAAAAGUUCAGAGCAGAGUGGAGGAGACCAUCAAGAGCACCUUCACCACCCUGGGGAGAAGAUGGCAGACAAUCAGUGCCGUCUCCUGACGUCUCCAGACAUGAUUCAGCAUCGAAAGGAUCCGAGGAGCUACCUAGAGAUAGAGGAGCAGCUGAAGAACGUUCUCCGAACGUCCGUCCUCAUCCCGUGUGGACACGUUCAGGGCGGAUGUGUCAGCGAAGCGUGGAAGUUUCACACAGAUGAGGGGCGAGUGUUUGUGAAGUGCAAUUAUAGAGAUCAGGCUUUGAUCAUGUUUAAUGGGGAAAUGGCAAGUUUAGAGGCAAUUAGGAAAACCUGUACUGUGCGAGUGCCACAACCCGUCACCUUGACUGAGCUACCAGCAGGGGGAGCUGUAUUAAUUUUGGAAUGUAUGGAUUUGAAACCUAUUGGCAAAUUUGCUGAAAAACUGGGGGACCAGUUGGCAAAUUUGCAUGUACAUAAUAGGCUAAUGCAAAUUGAAAUGCUGAAAAACAGUGGAACGAUAGGUGAGCACAACAGGAAAGACUACCUGCGGACGGUGGAUAAGUUUGGGUUUCACACGACCACGUGCUGCGGAUACAUCCCACAGGAGAACGAAUGGCAGGAGGACUGGGUGACCUUCUUCACGUCUCAGCGUCUGCAGCCACAGGUCAGGCUGAUUGAGAGGGACUAUGGCGACCGGACACUUUUAGGACUAUGGUCUGAGCUGCAGGUGAAGAUCCAGAAUGCCUUCAGAGAUACCUCCAUCUUCCCGUCUCUCCUACAUGGUGAUCUGUGGGAAGCCAAUGUGGCGGAGGAUGACCACGGACCUGUUCUCUUUGACCCCGGCUCUUUCUACGGCCACUCAGAGUAUGAUCUGUCCAUCGGUGACAUGUUUGGAGGUCACUGUGUGGACUUCUACGAGGCCUACCACAGGAAGAUCCCCAAAUCCCCUGGGUUUGAGCUCCGACAACCUCUCUACCAGCUAUUCCACUCCUUAAAUAACUGGAACCACUUUGGCGCAGUGUUUAGGAGAAGCACUUUGAACCUCAUGAGAUACCUCCUCCAGAUCUUGUGACAGGUACAAAGAGCGUCAAAGAACCUGGACGGAUCUAGAACCCUUGGUUCCAGGACACUCAAGGCCAAUUACAGCAACUUUCUGGAUUACCAGAUGCCGGAUUGAAGCAAUCUCACAGCUUUUCAUGGGUUUUACAUGGUUCACAGUGUCCAUAUCUGCACGUAGUGUGGUCUACAGAUUUA